AUACCUUCCCUCUGGUAAUAUUUUCAUGGGAACUAACAACUCUCCACAGUGGACACCGCCAUAGGGUCGGUUAUACAGACCUCCUUCUUUUUCCUUCAACCACGUUCUCGGUUGCAUAUAGUGAAUAAACAUGAGUGUAACAAUUUCGAAAAAACGCAAGUUCGUCGCCGACGGCAUCUUCAAGGCUGAAUUGAACGAAUUUCUCACUCGUGAAUUGGCCGAAGAUGGCUACUCAGGCGUGGAGGUCCGUGUCACCCCGGCCCGUACAGAAAUCAUCAUCAUGGCCACAAAAACACAAAGCGUGCUGGGCGAGAAGGGUCGUCGUAUCCGCGAAUUGACCGCCGUCGUACAAAAACGCUUCAAUUUCGAACCAGGCAAGGUUGAACUCUACGCCGAGAAGGUAGCCACCCGCGGUCUGUGCGCCAUCGCCCAGGCUGAAUCUCUUCGUUACAAGUUGACCGGAGGUCUGGCCGUCCGUCGGGCGUGCUAUGGUGUCCUCAGGUUCAUCAUGGAAUCAGGCGCCAAGGGCUGUGAAGUUGUUGUGUCGGGCAAAUUGCGCGGACAACGUGCCAAGUCGAUGAAGUUCGUCGACGGAUUGAUGAUCCAUUCCGGUGACCCAUGCAAUGAUUACGUGGAAACAGCCACCCGACAUGUACUCCUGCGACAGGGAGUGCUGGGCAUCAAGGUCAAGAUCAUGUUGCCUUGGGAUCCAAACAACAAGAUUGGACCCAAGAAGCCACUUCCCGACAAUGUUUCGGUUGUUGAACCCAAGGAGGAGAAGAUCUACGAAGUCCCGGAGACCGAGUACAAGAUGCCCGUUCAGAAGCCGAUUGGCGAAGAAGUAGAAGUGAAAUGAGGUGUUUCUAUGAUAAUAACAACACAAUAAAAUAUUUUUAAAAAAAAGUGA